CCUCGGUGGCCCCGCGGCCGCCGCCGCCGUUGAGCCGGGCCGGGCUGUGCAGGGUAGGGCUGGGCUGGGCUGGGCUGCGCCGAGCCGGGCUGGGGAGCCACGGAGCUGCGCUGCCGCCGCCCGCCCCCCAACCCCCUUCGGACCUGGAGCGAUGAGCCGAGCUGAUUCGGUCAGCAACGAAGUGCUCGGGGCGGCUGGAGCGGGGCUGCAGCUGGGGGCGGCGGGGCCCGGAGCGGGCAACCCCGGAGGCGGGCACACCCUGGAGGCGGAGCAGUAAAGCAGAAGCCUGCUCCAGGCUAAAAGAAUGAAAAUAUGGGACUUAAGUUAUCCUGUCUGAAAGGCUUCAAAAUGUGUGUCAGCAGCAACAGCAACGAAGAGACCCCCGUCUUGAAUGCAAAACAAGUGGACGUCCCGGACAUUAUUGUCACACCUCCCACCCCCACGACUUCCGGGAUGGGGGUAAGAGAACCGAUUCAGUCAGAGUGGCUAGAUGAGACUGGGUCUUAUUCUGAUGAUGGAGAAAUUGAUACGGAAUCCUGAGGAGGAAAACCAUGUCCUCGGCUCCCUUUUCGGAUGGCUCUCCCUGAGGGAAGAAGACCGUUCACUGUUUCCUCUCACAAUAUGGCCUCCUACAUUAGCUUUCUCCUGUAUCCAGAUGCCCUAACUGUGACGUGCCCCACUGGGUGAAAUCCAUUAAGUCUGUUGGAACAAUGGAGCCAUUCGGGCCUGGAGGAAAGAGGCACACAAGUGGGAAAAGAGAGAGGCAUUUUUCUUGACCAACUCAAACAAUAGCCCACGACAACAGAAACCUGACAGGAGUCAGGCUCACUAAACCCUGUUCUUCCCCACUAGAGUCAGUGUGGAGAAAGAAAAGAAACUAUGGAUGGUGAUGUUUCCCAUAAUCCAAUGGGACUUUUCUCCACUAAAAAACCACACAUCUGUACCCCGUGUCAUGGGGCUCCUCCAGGUGUGAUGUGCCACAAAAAGAGGAUUUUGCAAUGUGGCUCUGAAUAAGACCUUGCAAGACAAAUGGUUUCCUUUUUUUUUUUUUAAUUUUACAAGUAUUGAGAAAGGUUAAAUGUGGUUUAUAAAUCAAAAAUCUGGAUUUGGUGGGGAUUUUGUGUUUGGUUGGUUGGUUUUAGUUGGUUUUUUUUUUUUCAUUACAAAUAAAGAUUCUCUGAAACACA